CAUCCCUCAUCCUGCCAUCCCUCUGCCAGCACACCCACAGGCCGGCAAGCAGCAGCGAGCAUGGAGGAGCAGUGCAAGCAGCGUGGCGAGUGAAGAGGCGAGUGCUGGGAUGACGCACGAGAAGGAGGAGAGGGAGGAGGAGGCACGGUGGCAAGGAGGCAAGGAAAGGGUGGUUUUCUCACUUGCUGGAAGCAUGGGCAUCUCACCUCCUGCUGUGACUGCCGGUGUGUCGUGA